UAAGCUUGACUUACUUUCCUGUGCUGCACAAAAACCCAUUCCUUUCCUCGACUUCUAAGCUUCUAACCCAUCUUUCAUUGAUUGCUUCUUUUACAGGAAGAAGGUUCCUUCCCCACACCUGACCUCCAUUAUGCCCGCCAUCGUCAAUCUCCUUUUCAACGUGGUCUCAACCAACACCACCAUCUCGUUUAAUGUGGCGCUGCCCUUGGUCAGCCUGGUAUCUCUCCUUUGGGGGUUGGUGGGUCACCUUCUCCUGUGGUUGGUUCUGAUCAAAAAUCGUCGGAGCCGCUCAAAGCCGAGCUCCGUCCUGCUCCUGAACCUAAGCCUGGCAGAUAUGGGUGCUCUGCUCACCUUGCCCUGUGUGCUUCUGAGUGCUGCUUUCCAGGAUUGGCAGCUCGGGGAUGCCAGCUGCAUUUUGCUGGGAUUCAUGACUUCCGUAACCGUGGGAGUGGAAAUUUUCAGCCUGGCUACUUUGUCUGUGCUUCGCCACCAUAUUGUUGCCCCGGGGACAAGACGACCUGUGAACUUGACCUAUGUGUUAUCCGUCGUUGCGGCUAUUUGGCUGGUCUCAGUAGCCAUGGCUUUACCCAAAGUCACCUACAUCGACUUUAACGGCGGUUGCACAUGGUCAGUAGGCCGAGAUGACUGGCUGUUUUUUCUGGUCCCGGCUUUCCUCGUCUAUUACGUCGGGCCUCUCCUUUGUAUUGCCAUCAACUGUGGCCUUAUCAUCUCGCACCUCCAUGGCUACAGGGGGUCUUUGGCUGCGCACAGGCGGAACAAAAAGGCGACUGCUCUACUAAUUGCUUCAACUCUCGUAUUUAUGGUGAGCUGGUUGCCCUAUUAUGCACUUGAGUUUGUUAAUGUCAUGUCUCCUCAUAUUAGUUCUGUAGCCUCUCCCCACACCAGAUUUCCCCAUGUGUUUUUGGCUCCUUCAUAUUUGUUAGUCACAACACCUGGGCCGAGUAUGGAAACAAAGACAAAUGUCUCCCUGCUCUGGGAAGUGUCAUCUUUGACCGCCAUAUUGUUAGUAUGUCUCGCACCGUGCUGGAACCCGCCACUUUAUUUUCUGUUAUCUCGGCCUGCCGUGCGUCAGCUCCGCGCUCUGCUGCCUUCCUUUUUCCGCCAGCGUCACCCCAGUUCCCAAAUCAGCCCCGUUCCCUACGCUCAUUGGCAACCCCGGCAGCCUCCUGUUACUGAGUCAUUCAAAGUUAACAGACAAUGUGACAAACUAUUCACAGCAAGAAAAUAA